UGUUCAUAGGGAAAGUACUGAAACGACUCUAUGCUGAAACUUCAUCUUCUCUUGCGCAUACUUCGAGUAGAGAAGAGGAGGCGGUUCUCAGAAAUCUGGGCUCAAAAUCUAAAGAAAAGAAUUUGGAUAAUGUUCAGACAUCAUCAUCAGAUGCUAGUACAUCAACUGGUACACCCUGCGAAUCAUUUCAAGGUAGUGACAAUACAAUUGUGUCUGCAAGGAGAAUGUACACAGUGAAUCUUCCUCCAGAGGGUUACAUUGCAGUUACUCCAGAUGCUAUUAGUAUUACAGUUUCUGAAAACUCAGACAGUAGUGCUGACUCAACAGAGGAGGAAUAUCAAGGACAAACCAAGAGAAAGCGCAUUCGGAGAAAGAAACAAAAGAACAGUUUGCAAAACUCUAAUAAUUUAUAUGGAGAACAAACAGAAUCUGGAAUGCAAGAAACUCUUGUUCAAGAUAAUUUACAGCUGCAGCAGAUAGACAGUCCCAAAAUAAGCAAAAACAAAAAGAGGAAAAUGAAAAAGAAGCGACAGAAAGAAAAAAUGAGAGCAGCUGGCUUGGUAACAAAAAAUACCGGUGUGGAUUUUACAUAUCAGCCUGACAAAAACAACAGAGAAGAAGCAGCAGGCUUAAAAGACAUAGAUGAAAAGGCAGAUAGUGUUCUGGACUUCCUGCAGGCAACACAACAAAUUUAUUUUGCUGACAAGAAAUCAGAAUGCACGGAUUCUGCUGUAAAUUCAGCAAGUGCCCAAGAGCUUUUGCAUUAUCUUGAAUCUCGCACCAUCUCUUCCUCAGAUGUGACUCUUCUACAUCAGCUGAAAUCCCUUGUAUUGCUACAGGAUAUUGAGAGAUUGAAGGAUGCUUUGAAACAAUUCCAAGAACAAUCCGUGAUGCCUCCUGAUCAUACCAAGAUAGUCACGUCGCUGUUUCACUACUGGAUUACAGAUAUCCUUCCUGUGAAGAAUAGGAAAUAA